AAUGUACGUAAUAAUAUCACAAAUGGUUUUAACAUUCCCUAUCUUUACACAAUAUAUCAUUUUGUUUUUUAAUAGAUUUUCUUUUCCUAAAAAAAAUAAAUAAACAGAAUUAGUCUGUAUUGAUAGUUUUUUUUUAUCAUUUAUUUGUGAUGCAAAUACAGAUGUUUGUAUUCUUUUAAAUCAUUUAUAGCGCUGAAAAAUCAAAUUACAAUCUGAAAAUUUUGAUGGGCUAGAGCAAAACAAGACAGAGCAACCAGUGGCAUAUAAAUCAUGAGCAAUAAAACAAUUUCCACAUAUGAAAUAGUUUGUGACAACCUUGAGUUCAUGUUUUCCAUAAAUGGUGGAUAUGCAGUAAACAUCUACAUCAACAUCAUUCUUCAAUUCAUCAUCAAUUUCUCUAGUUGUGUCUUAAACACACUUGUUUCAAUCGUUAUUAUACGCCAAAAAAAACUUCGUACACCUUCAAAUAUAUUAUUACUAAACAAUACUAUUUCGGAUGCCCUUGUUGGAUUCAUGCACCUUGUCUUUUGGCUGCCAUGUUUAAUAAUGGCGCUUUAUCAAACGCAUUCUUGUGUUUUUUUUGUUGCUAUGAUCACCUUGGGUUAUCAUUGUGGCGCAAUAAGUUUGGUCAAUGUUGACGUGAUUGCAGUGGAUCGAUACAUAGCUAUAUACAAACCUUAUUACUACAGCGAAAACAUAACUGGAAAUUUAAAAGUAUAUGUUAAAUUUAUUAUAUUCCAGUGGGUGAUAACUGCAGUACUGAUAGGAUUAAGCCAUCUCACGCCAAACUUUUUAAUCGUGCUAAUAUGCGCUAUCAUUACAAUUCCUUUCACAAUCAGUUGGUGCUCGUUUGUUUACACGAAGGUGUUUCUCACAGUAAAGGAGUUAAAUAGCCGUGACCGAGCAACAACACGACAUUUAAACCAAGAAGAUACACAGAAAAUGAAGGAGAUACGUUUGGCAAAGAUCACAGCAGCAAUGAUACUAACUUUAUGUGCUUGUCUUACACCGUUUUGUUUGACUAGUGUUUUGUGGUUGGUCGCAAAAGUGAAGUUUUCUCCUUUGGUGUACGCGCUGACAUUGUGGGCUUUGUUACUGGUGUCACUCAAAUCUUUAUUAAAUCCUGUACUUUUUUGUCUCACGUUAACUGAUAUAAAGGAAGCUAUUAAAGACCUUCUUUGCAGACACAGAAAGAUCGGAAAUAAGAAAAGCAAAAGUAAUGGAACUACAAUCAACGCCGCUACCACCAACAUCAGCACCGGAACAACAACAAUAACAACAAAAACUGCUAAACCAUCCAAAACAACAACAUAAGCACACCAAUCGCUACCAGUGUCACCCACGCCAGCACGAACAACAACAACAACAACAAGUAGUCGAUAACUCGUCAUUGCCAAAAACAUUUCAACACAUAAUAACUUCCGGCGAAAGUCUUAAAAUUAGAAGUAAGAAAACAAUGGUUAUGUAGUAUCAUCAAACAGACACAGACUUUCUAUAUUAACACUUAAAGGUCAAAGGUGCAUCUACCUGACUGUGUGUAGACAAGGAACACAAAAUUAUCAGAGCAUUCUUGGAUGGUUUUCGUCAGAAAUCACCACCGCCAUCAAAGCCACCACCGCAGUGACUCCACAUUUUAUCGUUGCCUCCACACUCAUUCAGUGGCUUCACACUUUAACAGAGGCUCCACGCCUUGAUGUGUGCUCAACAUUAAAAAGUCACUCCGCACUUCAGCUCCAUUUUUUGUAUAAGUCAAUUAGUCGCUUCACUGAAUAAGUGUGGAGGAAACAAUACAGUGUUAAGCGACUGUUUACGAAGAAAAAACUGCCACCACGACAGCAACCAGGACAAUGAAAACUUUUAAUGCAAAGUAAAAUGUGAUAUAUUAUAAAAUUUGGAUACUUGUGUAAAAUAUGGAUACUAGUAUAUACUGGAUCUCUUAUAGCGCCGUCAAUAUUAUUUUUAAUGGGAAAUAAUAGUAACAGUAACACAAUAAGAA